ACGACAUUAGCGAUCGCGUUGAUGUUCGUCACGGGAUCCUUUAUCAUAGCGACCGCGACUAAGGAUAGCAAGUACCCUCAUUUCUUUAAACAUCGGACGAAGCUGAGAGAGAUCCGCGGCUUCAAACCGGAAUAUAUCUCCACGGCGAUCGGAUUUGGAAAGAGGGACGGUCCCGCGGAAAUCCUAUCAGAUGUUAGUGGACGCGACAGAGACCUGUUAUCUAUUCUGAGGAACCUCUCGCAUAUUGCGUCUGUGGAUAGACUACUUCGACUGAUGCAAACGAAUCCUGCAUUGGCUGAUAAAUUGAUGCAGCUAUCGAUGCAAAAUGACCAGAGCGAGCAAGGAGAGUCAAUGACGGAACCCUCGAGAUUUGGGAGAACAUUCGAGCUAUUUUAAUCCUUGCGAUCGAACCGCAAACGAUGAGUUUUAGAGGGGCGUCCAUCUUUAUAGAUUCUUAGACGAAACGUUCGAUAUAAUAUCCUUGAAACAUAAUAUACGUUCUUAUAUUUAGCGUUUUAUCGUGUAGACGUCUUUCCAUCCUCGUAAUUUCUACGCGACGAAGAAAUAACGAGUAAUAUUAUAGUUUCUUUCUUUUUUUCAUCUGACAACAUAUAGUUGAUAAUAAACUUUUAGAACAAUGUUCAAUAUAUAUGUAUAUAAUUGAUAGUAUUGUAUAAUUAUUUCUUUUUUUUAUCAUUAAAGAUAUAUGUGUGUAAAAUCGAAGAAUAUGGAAAUGAAAAUGAUGGAAAAAUAAAUAUACAUUCCUGUUUGGAA